AUGAGCUCCUAUUUUGUGAACUCAUUCUGCGGUCGCUAUCCCAAUGGCGCGGACUUCCAGUUACAUAAUUAUGGAGACCACAGUACGGCAAACGAGCAAUAUAGAGACUCAACAGCCAUGCAUUCCAGCAGGUAUGGCUACGGCUACAACGGGAUGGACCUAACAGUCGGCCGGACCAGUACCGGACACUUUGUGGGAAGCGAGCGGACACCAGGCUACUCCCCGAGUCACUCAGCGGCGACAACACCCGCGGUGGAGCCUGUCAGGUACAACCAGUCCGCAAACAGCACCGGGAACUCGUCUCUAUCGCCUCCACCUGACUCUCUACCGUGCUCCUCGGUCGCCAGCUCGUCCCCAGUGACCGAGACACAGUCUCAGCACAGAGCUGUGAAAAACUCCAUAACGACCCCGUGCUCAACCCCGUGCUCAAACUCGAACGGAGCCACGCUGCUGCUCAGCCGGGACUGUGUGUCCAAAGCUUCCCCUCUGGAGGAAGAGAAGCCCGCGGGAAGUGCACCGACAACUCCUCAAAAUGUAACCGACUCAACACAGCCUCAGAUAUACCCGUGGAUGAGAAAACUACACAUAAGUCACGAUUUGUCUGGGCCAGAGGGGAAGCGGGCCAGAACUGCAUACACUCGGUACCAGACCCUCGAGCUGGAGAAGGAGUUCCACUUCAACCGGUACCUGACCCGCAGGCGGAGGAUCGAGAUAGCCCAUGCCCUCUGCCUCUCAGAGAGACAGAUCAAAAUCUGGUUUCAGAACCGAAGGAUGAAGUGGAAGAAGGACAACAAACUGAAAAGCAUGAGCAUGGCGGCUGCAGGCGGAGGAGCCUAUAGGCCCUGA